AUGUCCAUAAUAAAUGAAAAAAUUAUUUUUUAUAAUAAUUGUAUGGCUGAUAUAGAGUCAAAAGAAAAUUGUUUAAUAUUAAAAGAGGAGGAUAUUAUAAAUGGCCAUCUAAAAACUUAUAAAAAAGAAGAAAAUAAAGUAAAUCAAAUUGUAUUUUAUUCAUCUUUUAAUAUGACAAAUGGUAUUUAUAAUAUUUGUAAAAAAAUAUUUUCUGAUAUGGAUACAAUUAUCAUGAUGGUGGAUAGUUUUCAUAUUAAAAAAAUAAAUAAUAAUACAAUUUUUAUAUUUGAAAAUUUUAGCAAAAUCAUUAACGAAGAAAAGCUUACAUAA